AUGGCUGAGCAGACUUAUAACUCGGAUAUGACCAUGUCCCCUGCCGAAGAGGAGGCCCUCGGUGCCUCCGGGAAAGACCUCGCGGUUGACGAUAUGCCCGAAGGCAUGUUCCACCACCUCGCCGAACCCGCCGACCUCCCCGCCGCGAAGAAACCGUGCAUGGAUCCCGUCUCCAGGAACGCCCCCAAUUCUUCCCCCUCCACCUCCUCCGGCUCGGCUCCGGCGAUGCCUGCUUACUCUCCCGCGCCCCUCGCAGCUGCCGCUCUCACUGCUCCCCGAUUGGCCUGGUGCCUACGCAGGCAGCAACUGCUGCAGCAGCUCCCAACACCUCGGCCACCCGCGCAACCGCCUACGCGUCCGUCGCCUCAGCCUCCAUCCUGGCUCCAGCCCGGGCUGGAGUCGCACCGAUCUGAAAUUCUCGCUGGUGUUAAUGCGCAGCUGUGUGGCUUUAUGUUUGCUUCUGGCAUUAUCCAUUCCGUCGAGCAGACCGUUGGAGACCCCUACCGUGUGGCCCGCCGUGUGUAUGGCCGCCUGCUCUUCUCAUGGCCGUCGCAGGAAGAUGCGGCGGCCUUCCGCAAGCUCUUUCCCCUCACCCUCAAAGUCUCCAACUCCUGCCCCCUUCUGCUCAAGGUGUUCGAGGACAGGUUUGCAGCCUUCACUGCUGCCAAGGAUGCCGGCGCACCCACCCUGUCUAUCCGCAACGUCCCUUUGGAUUUCGAUCCAGAGGACAUCCGCGCCUACCCCCUCGGCUCCACCGAACCUGAUGGCUCGCACUGGCCGGCGGAUUUGACGGACUUUCACCGCGCUUUGGACCCCUACGAGGACACGUAUAUCACUCACCUUGUAGGACUUCCAGUCGCCAACCCCAAUGACCCGGAUUUCGAGCGCAUCCCAUCCGAAAUCCCGCUGGAGGAGAACAAACCUCCCAUGCUGCUCAACUUUUCCAGCCACGUGUGCGCACUGUGCGCCAACAACCACCGCGCGGCUGACCAUGAGGCUUUUGCAGCCCGCCGUCGGCAGCGCCUCACGAACCGGAACGUGAUUUCAGUCGCGCAGCUGCAGAAAGCUAACGGUACGCCCCUCGCAUAUCCCUCCAGAUUUUGCUAUUCCACCUUUCCUUUGCCUUUCCGCUCUGGCUCCCUUGCUUUCACAAUUCUACCAUCCAUCUCGUCGUCUCUCUCCCCCUGCUAUACUUAUUCCCCGCUCUCCCAGCGCUCCAGCUCCCCCUCACCCCACUCUACUCCCUUACUGCCCCACCCCCCGCUUUUCUCACGGCGGCUGGGCGUCCUCGAACACUUACGCCCACCCCCCUCCUUCACUCUGCCCCUGCCUACCCUUUGCCCCGCAGUCAACACACCCUCCCGGAUCUCUCACCCCCCCCCUGUCUCCUCAGCAGCCGAUCCCCUGCACAGCCACGAGCUUCCCCCACCCGCUCAACCCCCCCCUACCCCUGCAUCUCCCCACUCUCUACCUGUGCAGCCCCACCCCUUGGGACCCAUCCCCCACCUCGGGCCAGGGCUUUGGCCCUUUGCUCCCCAUUGUACCCACCCCACCCCUCUUCUCACCCCCCACUCCUGCCCCCCCCUGCCAACAACCUCCCCAACAGGAACCCUCCGCUGCCUCUUCCCUCUUUCCCCGUCUGCACUCUCACCACCCUCCUCCCCUAUAGCCCUCAGCUCUCCCUGCAACAUCCUGGGGAACCACGCCGCGCCGACCACUUUCCGCAACGAUCCCGGCCUUCUCUACGUCGGGCUGGACGACAAGGUCGAGACCUGGACAUGCGCACUCUGCGAUUUCACCUGCGGCGCUGCCCUGGACAGCGCCAUGGUCCACAUUCAAUCCGCUAUGCACACCUCCCGCGUGAAGGCUAUGGCCCACCGCCCGGCAGCCAAGGAGGCUUUCGGCCCCUGGAGCGCGCAGAAGCCUUCAGUGGCUGCCUUCCUUCGUGGCUGA